AUGAAAAUUGAUAUUCAUAGCCACAUUCUACCUGAGGAAUGGCCUGACCUAGAAAAGAGAUACGGAUAUGGUGGAUGGGUACAACUGGAUCAUCACUGCAAGGGACAGGCAAAGAUGAUGAAGGAUGGAAAGGUUUUUAGAGUUAUUCAAGAAAACUGCUGGGAUCCAGAAGUACGGAUUAAAGACAUGGAUCUAUCAGGAGUCACAGUCCAAGUCCUUUCCACGGUCCCUGUAAUGUUCAGCUACUGGGCCAAACCUCAGGAUACUUUAGAUCUAGCCCAAAUAUUAAAUAAUGACUUAGCUGCUACAGUAAAAAAGUACCCCAAGAGGUUUAUUGGCUUGGGUACAUUACCUUUGCAAGCUCCAGACCUGGCUGUGAAGGAAAUGCAUCGCUGCGUGAAUGAACUUGGAUUUCCUGGAGUACAAAUAGGAACUCAUGUCAAUGAAUGGGACCUGAAUGCACCAGAACUGUAUGGUAUUUAUGCUGCUGCUGAACAAUUAAAUUGCUGUCUCUUUGUGCAUCCCUGGGACAUGCAGACAGAUGGACGGAUGUCCAAAUACUGGUUUCCCUGGCUAAUAGGCAUGCCAGCAGAAUCAACCAUAGCCAUUUGCUCCAUGAUUAUGGGUGGAAUUUUUGAAAAAUUUCCUAAACUGAAAGUUUGCUUCGCACACGGAGGUGGAGCUUUUCCAUACACAGUGGGACGAAUCUCCCAUGGAUUCAACAUGCGCCCUGAUUUGUGUGCAGUGGAUAAUAAGGUGGAUCCAAGAAAAUACCUUGGUUCAUUUUACACAGACUCUCUUGUCCAUGAUCGUGGUGCACUAAGGCUGCUAACAAGUGUAAUAGGAGAGGACAAAGUUAUUUUGGGGACAGAUUACCCUUUUCCACUGGGGGAACCGGAACCUGGAAAAUUGAUUGAUUCAAUGGAAGAUUUUGACAAUAAACUGAAGGAUAAACUCAAGGCUGGAAAUGCUCUGGAAUUUUUGGGUCUUAGCAGAAAACAAUUUGAAUAAUUACAAAGAUACGAAAGAGACCAGACUUCAGAAAUAA